AUGUCCAACAAACAAGCCGUCGCCCGUCGCGCUGCGGCAGACGAGCAACAGAUGAACAACAGCUACGCACGUCCACAGCCGCAAGUCGAAGCGCGCGAGCAAUACGCCAGCGCCGAAGCAAAGGCCGGCCUCAACCUCAACAUCUUCGCCGCCCUCUCCGGCAGCAUGUUCCAGCGCAAGACCAAGACGACCGACACGGCGGCGGACGGGUCCGCGCGCAGCGUCGAGCACACCGACACGGCGGCGCGAGGACAGGGGGCAGGGCACGGCAAUCUGAGCGCGUACGGGGCGGCGCGCGCGGAGGGGCGGGACAGGGCGGUGGGGGAGGGGGCGACGAGGGCGAUGGAGGAGGAUUCGAAGAAGAGGAAGAGGAAGGCGGUUAAGGCGAAGGGGGAGGGAGAGGGGGGCCAGCAGGUGGUGGAUCAUUUGGGGAUUGGGGCGUGGGGGGUGGAGGAGGAGGGGGGGAAGAAGUGA